UUUAUUGGUGGUCCCUGGGGCGGUGACUCGCCUCUCUACGGGGAGGAGCAUGCUGGGAGUUGUAGUUCCGGGUUCGGUUGCUAUGGCGUUCGUCACAGCCUCCCCCAGAUCGGUCAUCCUGCGGUAGUGACGGGCAGUCUGACCAAUGGCAGUACUGUUUGGACCCAAGAAGGCGGGCUCUCUGCAGAAGGACUGGGAAGGUGGCGGCGGCGAAGGCGCUGGCGGUUGAGGUUGCUCCGAGCCAGGUAACUAUGAAAGGCUUAUAUUUUCAACAGAGUUCUACAAAUGAAGAAGUAACAUUUGUAUUUCAAGAAAAGGAAAAUGUCCCUGUUACAGAGGAUAACUUUGUGAGAGUUCAAGUCAAAGCUUGUGCCCUGAGCCACAUAAACACAAAGCUUCUGGCAGAAAUGAAGAUGGAAAAGGAUUUCUUCCCUGUUGGAAGAGAAGUUGCUGGAAUUGUAUUAGAGGUUGGCAGGAAGGUAUCGUUCUUUCAGCCAGACGAUGAAGUGGUUGGAAUUUUGCCUUUGGAUUCAGAAGACCCCGGACUCUGUGAAGUUAUUCGAGUGCAUGAGCAUUACCUGGUUCAUAAGCCAGAAAAGGUCUCCUGGACGGAAGCCGCUGGAGUCGUCCGGGACGGUGUCCGGGCCUGCACAGCUCUGUAUUACCUUUCUCCACUCUCUCCUGGAAAGUCUGUGCUGGUCAUGGAUGGGGCAAGUGCAUUUGGCACAAUAGCCAUUCAGUUAGCACACCACAGAGGAGCCAAGGUGAUCUCAACAGCACACAGCCUGGAGGACAAGCAACAUCUUGAAAGGCUUAGGCCUUCUAUAGCCCGAGUGAUUGAUGUGUCUAACGGGAAAGUCCAUGUUGCUGAAAGCUGUUUGGAGGAAACAGGUGGCCUGGGAGUAGAUAUUGUCAUAGAUGCAGGAGUGAGAUUAUAUAGUAAAGAUGCUGAACCAGCUGUAGACUUACAGCUGCCACAUAAGCAUGACAUCAUCACGCUGCUUGGUGUUGGAGGCCAUUGGGUAACAACAGAAGAAAACCUUCAGUUGGAUCCUCCAGAUAGCCAUUGCCUUUUCCUCAAGGGAGCAACGGUGGCUUUCCUUAAUGAUGAAGUUUGGAAUUUGUCAAAUGCACAACAGGGAAAAUAUCUUUGCAUCUUAAAAGACGUGAUGGAGAAGUUAUCAGCUGGUAUUUUCAGACCUCUACUUGAUGAACCCAUUCCACUGUACGAGGCAAAAGUUUCCAUGGAAGUUGUUCAGAAAAAUCAAGAAAGAAAAAAGCAAGUUGUUCAAUUUUAAUUUUCUUUCCCAGACUCAGUUGGAUGCACCCACACCAAUAUAUGAAGCCAGUUUUCUUUGGAAAUUGUUGAGAAAAAUCAAGGAAGAUAAAACAAGAUUUUCUAUUUUUAAGCCUGUUUUCCUGCCACAAUAUAAUGUUUGGUUAUUUGACAUAUUUGAAAAAUACUUACAAAAUUAAUGUGCAAACAAUCCAAAUAAUUUUUUUUAACAUUCUGAAGGGGACAUUCCAAAAACUUCUUUUUCUUAUUGUAUCUAUACACUUUGCCUCCGCUAUAAAAUUCUUUCCAUUAAGAAAACUGCUUUCAGCAAAAGCCCCACUAUUCUAUUCAUCUGUCACAAGCUUUUGCUAUACUGUUAGAACAUAAUUUGCUUUUGUAUCAACUUCAUUCUCAACACCUUCCUUAACAAACCUUUGAUGCUGUUAUCUUAGCAUUUGAGUGUAUUUUCCAACUUCAAAGUAUCUAAUCCAUUGGCAUUUAAAUUUUGUUUUUAAAUAUUCA